CUUCCAGUCUGAACUCCAAACCAUAACACCCUUCUUCCUCCUUCCUCCAAUUCAAAUAUCCAGUCCGUAAUAAAUAGCUGUUUCGUUCUCCUGAAUUUCAUGGUUUCAGGAGAUCGAAUGGAGCUCUCAAUCUGAUUGAUCGUUUAUUGAAUUGGAUUUAAGGAAGGGGUUUGAGGAUGGGAUGCUGUAACAGUAAAAGUGCUGAUUCGAGCGCGAAUCGGAUCGCCCGAUGGCGAGCCACUGGCAUCGUCGCUCUUAGAGACUCCAAACUGAAGACGUUGCCGGAUGAAGUUCUUGACUUGGAGAAAUCUAUACGAACUUUGGAUUUAACACACAAUAAAAUAGUUGACAUUCCAAUGGGCAUCAGCAAAUUGAUCAACAUGCAGCGCCUGGUCUUAGCUGAUAAUCUCAUUGAGCGCCUCCCAAUGAACCUGGGAAAGCUCCAGUCUUUAAAAGUUCUCACACUUGAUGGGAAUCGAGUUACUGUUUUGCCUGAUGAAUUGGGCUUGCUGGUGAGGCUUGAGAGAUUAUCCAUAUCAGGGAAUAUGUUAGCUUGCUUGCCUGAAACUAUAGGUAGCUUGCGCAAUUUGUUGCUAUUGAAUGUGUCAAACAACCAGUUAAAGUCCCUUCCGGAAUCAAUUGGGAGUUGCUUCUCCUUGGAAGAAUUACAAGCAAACGGUAAUUCUAUUGAAGAAAUUCCCUCAUCAGUUUGCAAUCUCAUUCACCUAAAGUCUCUUUGCUUAGACAAAAAUAAUGUGUGUCAGUAUAUUAUUGGACAGAUACCUCAAAAUCUAUUGAAGGAAUGCAAAUCUCUGCAGAAUAUUUCACUCCAUUACAAUCCCAUUUCAAUGGAUCAGUUCCAACAGAUGGAAGGUUUCCUAGAGUUUGAAGAGCGUAGGAAGAAGAAGUUUGACAAGCAGAUUGAUUCAAAUGUGAUGAUUGGUUCCAAAGGCCUUGACGAGGGUGUUGAUUUAUAACAAUCUCGCCUAGAGUAAUUCAGGAAAAUAUUAUGGAACAUGAAGGGCGGAGUGACAUUUAUUGGCAGCUAAUUUCUUGCAGGGUAUUUUGGCAGGAGAAUUUUUUUUCUUUCUCCCUUCACAAUUUAUAUGAAAUAUUUAUUUUCAUAGUUUCUAUCACAUUGUAAAUGGGUAUUAGUUUGACUCGGCUUUCUCUUUAUGUAUAUAUGGUACAAUGGCAUGAAUCUUCUGGAGGUGGUUCGUUCUGCCUCAAGAGUUGCACAAUUUUUAGAUGUAUUGGGUUGUAACUCAAGAUGUAACUCUUUUCUUUGGAAUCAAAUAAUUGAAAUAUUCCAUCUCAUUUUUCGCAA